AUGAGAUUUUUGGUGGUGUUCAGCGUUUUAUUCGCUCUGUGUGCUGGUGCACCUAAAGACAAAAGAUCAACGAUCUUGGUCUCGGAGGCAGUUCAACCAGUAGUUGUAUCACCGAACUUCUACACUGUACCAGCGGUUUCCCAUUCGUCCCGGUUAGACGGAAAGGUAGUUCCAGUAGUUUCUCAAGCCUACUAUACGUCACCAAUCGUUGAAAGCAUUCCCGUAGUUGCUCCAGCCGUCAAAUCCGUGGUCGUACCUGUAGAGAAGACCUACGUUGGGGGCAGUGCAGUAUCCCACCAGUCUAGAGUUGACGUAAAGUCAUACCCAAGCAUCGUGUCGGAACACCUUGUGGCACCAGCUGUGGUGGAGACUGUCCCAAGCGUUGUCGAUGCCCGCUCCGUUUACCUUACCCCAGCGGUCUACCAGGGUGCCUCUGCUGUCUCCCAUCAAUCUCGUGUGGACGUCAAGACCUCCCCAGCUGUAGUGUCACAUCAGUUCGUGUCUCCAGUCGUCAAUGUUCACCCAGUCUACGCUUUUUAA